CAUACCAUCUUUCAAAGGACGUAACGGUUUCACAAGGUGGGAGAAUAACUUCAAGAAAAAAAGUCAAGAGACUAAACCACAAACAGCAGGAAACUUAGAGACUUCUUUCAAAGAGCUGCAAAUAAAGGAUGGGCUCCGCUGGUGUGCAGAUUGUGUGUGUGGCUCUGGGAAUUUUAGGGCUCAUUGCUACAGUCGUGACCAUUGCUAUUCCACAAUGGAAGACUUCUGCCUUUAUUGGUCAGAACAUUAUCACUGCACAGGUCUCGGAGGAGGGUCUGUGGAUGCAGUGUGUGGUCCAGAGCACCGGUCAGCAGCAGUGUAAAAGCUAUGACUCGUUGCUCAUCCUGAGCUCGGACCUGCAGGCGGCUCGAGCCAUGACCAUCAUCAGCACCAUGCUGGCCGUCCUGUCCCUGCUCAUCCUGUGCGCCGGCGCAGACUUCACCACCUGCAUCGACAACGAAGACGUCAAGCCCAAGGUGACCCUGGUUUCCGCCAUCGGCCUGAUCCUGGCGGGCCUGCUGGUCAUCAUCCCGGUCAGUUGGGCUGCCAACAACGUUGUGCGCGACUUUAACAACCCGCUGGUUGCCGAGGCACAGAAGAGGGAGCUGGGCCCAUGUAUUUUCAUAGGCUGGGCCGCAGGAGUGCUGCUCAUACUGGCCGGGGGUCUGCUAUGCUGCUUCAGCAGACCUCGUUCCAGUGGUUCCAGCGGAACCGCCAAAUACUAUAGCAACAGCGCCUCAGCGCCCAGCAAAAAUUACGUGUAAAUAAAUGCAGAAGAGUAGCACUUACGGUCAUUCUAGGUGUAGUGCGUACUAAAUAACUCGUCUAAGUUAGCAAGUUAGUCUGUAGUUUGUAGGAAAAUCGCCCUCAUGAAACUUAACCGUGGUUUAAAUUACAGUAGCCUAUAUUAAUCAUUUUUUAUUUAAGCAAAAAUGUUAUGACAAAUGCUGUGGUUAAGCUGCGUGUUGGAUAUGGUUACCACAGGAAUUUGUUUUGUUUCAUGUGUUAUUUUAUUUGUGGCAAAACCAUGGCUAAUUUUGGUGAGGGUGAAACUGGAAAAGGUCAAAAUCGAGAAAGAUGUAAAUAUUACAUGUUUGGAGUCACUGAACUGUCCUAGAAAUACUGCCUUUUAAGCUUUUUAAUUAAUCAGUUUUGUAUCUUUUUUAAUUAUAAUUUACUACUGCUUUUUCUUAGAGCUGCUAAUAAACACAACUUCAGGGAUGGGACCGAGCUUGUGUCCAAAAUACUUUCGUUCAGGUCAUUGUAUACCGCAUGUGUGCCAGUCCUUAUCAUUUCAAAGCCAUGACUGCACUCAUUUCUUUUGAGUAUUAAUGUUGCGUAACAGCUAGUACUAGACUGUGUCUCAGAGGUAGUCUGACUAACAAGCGUUUACUCAGUGUGUAAUCAGUUUACUUUUUGGGUUUAAAUCAGACCAAUUUACUUUAUUAUGUUAUAGACAAUGUUGUCUUUAAAAAAAUGUAUGUUGUGAGACCAGACUAAGCAGUUUAAGUCACUGGUACUUUUCAAGAACGUAUUUAGGAUGUGGGAAAUACUGUUUAAUUUAGUUUUUAAUACUGUAUAAUUUAGUGCUUUUUGUGCAUUAGGUCAUAAUCAUUUCCACUGUCUUCAUGUUCAAUAAAAUUGACUGAUUCAGA